AAGUCGCUGAGAGGAGAAGAAAAACAAUGUGCGACCUGAUGCCAGCCUCCCAACCCGCGGAGAAAAUCGGCAAAAUGAAAAAGUUAAGAAGAACUUUGUCCGAGAGUUUCAGGAGUAUUGCUUUCAAGAAAGAGGACAGCGGCUUUGAUGAGAUAUGUGUCACAAAGAUGUCCACACGCAGCUGCCAGGGAACGGACUCGGUCAUCAAGCCCCUGGACACCAUCCCUGAGGACAAAAAGGUGAGAGUUCAGCGCACGCAGAGUGGCUUCGACCCAUUCGAGAAGCCCGCCAGCCAGGUGAAGAGAGUCCACUCCGAGAACAAUGCCUGCAUCAACGCCAAGAGCUCGUCCGCCGGCAAGGAGUCUCCCAAACUGCGCCGACACUCCAGCCCCAGUUCUCCUACAAGCCCCAAGUUUGGAAAGGCUGAUUCCUAUGAAAAGCUGGAGAAACUGGGAGAAGGUUCAUAUGCCACAGUUUACAAAGGCAAAAGCAAGGUGAAUGGGAAACUGGUCGCUCUGAAGGUGAUUCGCUUACAGGAGGAAGAAGGAACACCUUUCACAGCCAUAAGAGAAGCAUCUCUCCUGAAAGGCCUGAAGCACUCCAACAUCGUGCUCCUGCAUGACAUCAUCCACACCAAGGAAACCCUGACUCUGGUCUUUGAAUAUGUGCACACAGACCUCUGUCAGUACAUGGACAAACAUCCUGGGGGUCUCCAUCCAGACAAUGUGAAGUUGUUCCUGUUCCAGUUGCUGAGAGGCCUGUCCUACAUCCACCAGAGGUACAUCCUUCACCGUGACCUGAAGCCCCAAAACCUGCUCAUCAGUGACACUGGAGAGCUUAAACUGGCUGAUUUUGGCCUGGCCAGGGCCAAGUCGGUCCCCAGCCAUACCUACUCCAACGAGGUGGUGACCCUGUGGUACCGGCCUCCAGAUGUCCUGCUGGGAUCUACAGACUAUUCCACCUGCCUGGACAUGUGGGGGGUGGGCUGCAUUUUCAUUGAGAUGAUCCAAGGAGUGGCUGCCUUUCCUGGGAUGAAGGACAUCCAGGACCAGCUGGAGAGGAUAUUUCUGGUCAUCGGCACCCCAUCUGAGGAUUCCUGGCCUGGUGUUAACUCCUUGCCUCACUUCAAACCAGAUCGCUUUACAGUGUACAGCUCUAAGAAGCUGAGACAAGCGUGGAAUAAGUUGGGCUACGUGGACCAUGCUGAGGAGUUGGCCUCCAGGUUCCUCCAGUGCUUCCCAAAGAGCCGGCUGUCAGCCCAGGCAGCGCUGAACCAUGAAUACUUCAGCAACCUUCCUCCACGGCUCUGGGAGCUGCAGGACAUGUCUUCUAUCUUCACCGUACCAAAUGUCAAGCUGCAGACAGAGAGCGGGGACAGCAUACAGGUGUGUGCACGAAGGAACAGUCAUGGGAAGGCAUCCUCUGGCAGCAAACACUGA